GACCAUCAACAACAACGAGUUCUUCUCAUAGCUCUUGCUUCCACUCACUCUCCCAUCGUUCUAGGGUUAGGUUUCUUUAAUUUAGAUUCGAUUUCUUCCUAAUCUCAAGAAUAUUUCCUGUAGAUGAUUGCAUUUUCUUUUCGUAACCUGUAACAAUUAGAGGAAAUGGAGUCUAAUUCGUGGAUCAAUUGUCCCUCCGUAUUUUCAUCAUCAUCUUCUUCGCGGCGUUACCAGUCUCGAUCAGAUUUGUAUCUGGGAGAUGUCGACGGAGAAGAGAACUUGAAAGCAGAGUUUAUCUGCCCGUUUUGCGCAGAUGAGUUUGAUAUUGUUGGGCUUUGUUGUCAUAUUGAUGAAGAGCAUCCUGUGGAGGCCAAGAACGGGGUCUGUCCUGUCUGCACAAAGAGGGUUGGAUUGGACAUCGUUGGCCAUAUUACAACGCAACACGGGAACGUUUUCAAGGUGCAGCGAAGGAGAAGGUUGCGUAAAGGUGGAAAUAUCUCUGCCUAUCUUAUGCUUAAAAAGGAGCUUCGAGAAGCAAACUUACAGUCUCUUGGAGGAUCUUCCACUUACAUUCCCUCAUCCAAUCUAGAUUCUGAUCCUUUGCUCUCAUCCUUUAUUUUUAAUUCUCCUUUGGCUAACUCCAUCACUGAAGGAGACUCGGUAACAAAAGUUUCACACAAGGACACCCCUAAAAGCGACAUACGACAAGUAUCGCUUUCAAAUGAAGAUCAAGAGAAGACGAGAAAGAGCGAGUUUGUGCGGGGCUUGAUGUGGUCAAUCAUGCUUGAAGACAAGUUCUAAUACCCCACUAAAGACCUGGUAAUGGUGACUCAAGGAAUCAUUACACUAGUCUCGAUGUAUGUAGCAAACCCGUGUAGAUUAAGAGUAUAUAUAUGUUGUAAUCGAAUGUAUUUACAUAAUCAGGAAAUUACAUAAUCAGGAAAUGAAAGUACUUUUUUGCUC